UGCCUUAAAACCAAGAUUUCCACUCCAUUCAUUAUCUUCUUCAAAUGACUAACAGCUACAAAAUCCAGAGCUGUUUCUAAUAUGGUGGACCCACUAAAGUUUUCACUGUGCCUUCUUAUUUUUGGGCUUCUCACGACACUGACAUCUGCCGCCAAUACAUGCAACGUUACCACUGUAAAUGAAACAGAAACAUGCAAGAACACAAAAAGUAUAAAUUACUCUGAUCUCUGCAACCUGACAUUUACCGACUACGCCUGCUUAAGUACCUCACAGCUCAGUAUCUUGCCUAGUGACAUUCUGGUGACUCUGUCUGCCUGUUACAGUAAUACCACUGUUCUGGCUUUAAAUCCUGGGCUUUCCACAUUGUUCUUCACUAAACUGGCCAGCGACCAAGUCAAGUUGGUUCUCUCUCCAUUUGAUGCUAAGUCUUCAAGCUUGAAACCAGAAUGGAUGGCAUUUUUAUUGAACGGCAUCCAGUCGCUGAUAAUGCAAGACCUGAAAAACACCCAAAAUAUUUCUGGCCCAAGUCAGCCUUUUCUUCCGUUCGCCAAUGCAUCUAUAAUCGAAUGUCUCCAAUCCCAGAAUGCAACAUGCGAGCUGUUCCAAAAACUGGUUCAAGGUCUUGGUCAAAAUUACAACAAUAUGCCAGUUUCAAAGAGGCAAGAAAUCUAUCCUGCCAUCAAGUCUUUCCUGCUUAAUCAGAAAAACAAAACAGGUUCAGCCUGUGCAGUAAAUGGUAGCAGUAGCGCUUGGAUCAUGCAGAACAUUGGACAUUUUUCUAUGGUGGCAGAUUUUAAUGACUUUUUUGCUUUAAAUGCUAAUAUUACUGCUUUGGAGGUUUUACCCUUCCUGAGCCUGCCUCAGCUAGCAAAUGUCAGCGUGAACCCAAGUUUAGUAAAUAGCACCAUGGUCUCUGGAGUCAUUGUGGGAUUGCUGCAGAAUAAAAAUGAUGUGUACAGCUUCCUGGUGUACCUCAAUGCUUCCCUGAAUGCAACCAAUCAAAGUUCUUUGAACCCAAUUCUGUCUCAGGCCCUCCUCAAUAAAACUUUCCAGAUUUAUGGGUCAAAUACCACCUCCUUCAACAACACAGAACUGUCCCAACUUCUACAAAAUCAGCUCAACUUUGCAAUAACCAAUGUCACACUUGAUCAGUUGAGCCUUAUUCCACCAAACAUCUCCUGCCAAUUUUUCCAAGCUGUGAUCAAAGGCCUUAAUGUUCAAUAUCCAAACUUGAAACCGGACAAACAGCAGGAGAUUUUUAAAUCUCUCAUCAAACCCUAUCUCACCCAGAAAGGAGCAGCCUGUGCAGUGAACGUCAACAGCACCACUUGGGUUAACCAGAAUUUGGGAUCUUUUUCUCACAAUGCAGAUUCCAUGGACUUUAAUGGUCUUAAUGCUAACUUUAACUCUCUGGAGGCCGUGUCUGUCCUCACCACCUCACAAGUGGUAGGCUUCGUCGUGAACUCAGGUCUAGGGAAUACCACAAAUUCCUCGAACAUUAUUGUUGGAACAUUGCAGAACAAAACUGAUGUAUUCAACUUUCUGAACUCGCUCAACGGUGCCCUUACUGCAAGCAAUCAGAGUUCCAUCUCCUCACCCCUGUCCCAGGCCCUAUUCAAUAAAACAUUGCAAGUCCUUUGGUCUAAUAUCACCUCCUUCACCAGUUCAGACUGGGCCCAACUACUCCAAAAGGAUCUAAAAUUUGCACUUCCUUCUAUCACUGGAGAACAGUUGACCUACAUACCACAGAACAUCACUUGCAGUUCUUACCAAACUAUACUUCAAACCUUCAAUGCUCAAUUCUCAAACAUGUCUGCAAAAUCUCAGGAACAGGUUUAUAAUUCCAUGAUCAAGCCCUACCUCACCCAGAAAGGCAAUAUGAUUACAUGCUAUAACCAGACAGAUGCCAAUUCUACAGCUUGGUUUGUGACUAAUAUGGGUUCAUUUUUCACAUACACAAGCAAAGGUGACCUGGCACUCUUCGCCAAUUCAACCAUACAACAAGUUUUUGCAAAUGAUCCUUCCGCAAUUCAGCUUGCAAGUCAGCUCAACCUUAACAAGGACACUGCAACAUACUACACCUCGCUUCUGAGUUCAAGUCCCAACUUCAAUGUGUCCAAGUUGCCCAAUAAGUUCCUGUGCUAUGUGAAUCCAUCAGCUUUUCAAAAACUAAGUUCUGAUGGAGCUCUAAGCCUGACUGUGACAUAUAAUAACCAGUGUCGCCCAUCUGCUUCAGGAAAUGCUUCUUCAACCCCAACCACUGAGGAGGUGCAGGCUGCCGUGUCGCUUGUCAGCAAGCUAGACACCUUCUCUUCUAGCACCCUCAGUAAUUUGGGGGCAUCCGCUGUGGGUCUCUCUCAGUCUCAAAUUAGUACAAUUAACGGCACAUACUUGGCGGCAAGUCUACCCACGCUCAGCAACGUUAGUGGCUGGAAUGAUGGCCAAUCCAGGUCCAUUGUGAGACAACUCCUGAACUCUGGCUACCAGAUCAACGACUUGCAGUCUCUUGGAAGUUUAGUGAGCGGAUUACCAAGUAGUAGACUUCAAGCACUGGAUCCUGCGCUCGUUGUAAAUUCUCUGAAAAGCUCUCAGUUUGUGAACCAACUUUCCAGUGCACCUUCCACCUUAAAAAAUGUAUUUGUGAACAAGCUUGUGGCUGCUAAUUCAACCCCAACGAGCCUUGUGAAAAAUGUUCCAAGUAGCUUGGCCAGUUUUGUCCCCAAAUCGUUACUGGUCUAUAAAUCGGAGACCCCUGUCAUCCAGGACCUCAAUGAGAAAGCAUGGACAUCAGACCAGGCAGCCAUGUUUUUUGACCAAGUAGUGGUGUCCCAGACCAACUUUACCCAGUUAUCAUCUUCAGUCUUGCAAGGUUUCACAUGUGGUACUCCCAGCAAACUCAAUAGCAGCCAAAUCAAGGACCUGGCUAAGGCUAUGAAGAUCCAGAAUGCCAAAUUGGGAGAACAACAGCUGAACUGUCUGACCAGACAAGUGACCAAAUCUGGAGUCCCAACAGAUCUGGACAAAUAUCCAAAGGAAAUACUAUUGUAUAUUAGCCCGUCAAAUUACACUUCAGGAAGCUGCGUAGAUUACUUUACCAAUGUUGGCAAGGCGAACAUUAGCGUUCUUCCCAAAGGAUCCACUCUGCGCACCAGUUUACUCACCCAGGCCUUAGCCUGCUUGAAUGUCACAAACGCCUCUCUAACUGAUGCAAACGUCAAUGUGCUGGGUCAGCUGGCUUGUGAUCUGAAUACUUCUUACACUGACAACGCCAGCAACGCUUUGCUGAAUCAAUUAAGCCAGUGCAGUUCAUUAAGCGCUGACCAACAAACCAGCAUUCUAUCGGUUAUCGCCAAAGGGAAUACUCAGUUUGGCUCUCCAACAAAUUGGACACAAACUACAUUGACAUCUCUCGGGAGCCUGAAUACCUUCUUAAACAGUGCUAUUUUGACAAAGGUUCCCUCUGGCGUUAUAACUUCUUGGAUGACGGGCGUCAUACAAAACUCCACAUUGUCCAAAAAGCAGAUCACUUCCAUCGUCAAGAAUCUAUAUCCGUUGAGAACACGACGAGCUGCAAGUUGCCCUGAUGGCAUGCAGAUUACAGCGGACAAUGUUACAAAUUCUCUUCUUCCUCUCCUUUACACCACUGAUCAGUUAGAGGCCUGCUUAAAUUAUACAAUCUUGGUAGCUUACUUGAGUAGUUUCACCAAUAUGCCAUUUACCGAUGAACAACUUGCAGUCUUGAAGAAUAAGUUGGACCAGGCUUACCCAAAUGGAUAUCCUGAGACUGUGAUUCCUGACUUAGGAUCUAUAGCGUUCCUGUGCACAGCAAGUGACAUUGCAAAGUGGAAUAUAACCUCAGUGGACAUGCUGGCCAGCUUGCUUCAAACUGGACCAACUGACAGCCAAGCUGCAAUAUAUAUAGGGAAAUAUACAGACUCAGCCCAAUCCAUCAAUGGUCUUGCCUUGAAUGCUAUUAGCAGUAACUACAUCUGCCUUCUGACCAGCACACAACUGAAUCUCAUCACAGCAGCUGCCAUCAGCGAGGCACAGCCUUUGACUAUCUCUAGCUGUAACCAGAACGUGAAGGAUGCACUGUACCUCAAAGCCAACGUAUCUUUCCAGAACUACAGUGGUCAAAUACCUGCCUUUUACAACCUCAUGAAACCAUAUCUCGGUGGUGCCCCUGCUGCUGAUCUAAAGCUCUUUGCCAAGCAAAAUGUUAGCAUGGAUAUUGGUACAUUUACAAGCUUAAAGCAAAGCUCGGUGAUGAGUCUAACAGUGGACGAUGUUCUGGGACUACUUGGCAGUAACAUAGCUGAUCUGAAGGCUCAGCAGAACAAUACAGUAAUUAGCGCUUGGAUUCAGGCUCAAAAGCAGUCUGACCUAGACAGGCUUGGAUUAGGAAUCCAAGGAGGAAUUCGGGACUCUGCUAACAGCACCGUGCCAACUACAACUAAGAAAACUACAGUUUCCUCUGCUCCUCGUUCAAAGCUCCUGUUUCAUUCCAUCUUCUUCUGCAUCGUGAUGACAUAUCUUCUCUCCUGAGAUUGGCACCAUCACCAGACAUUACUGAUAGAACCUACAUUCUGAGAGGAGCUCCAGCCUAUAUUUCAUCAUAGAACUCUAGAAGUAUUCCAUAGGAAAAUAGCAAUUUAUACAAUGUAUCUCGUCUAAUUAUAUCCAUGUUACUGGGUGGAAUAAAAUAAAAUAUAUUAUAUUCUAUGCAAAUAAAAAAUGUAAACUUAA